CUUCCAUGUAUACACACAUACACACACACACACACAUUGGUAUAUGUGUAUAUAGAUAUAUAAAACUAGAGACAGACAAGCAAUGUGCAGCCAGAUAAAAAAGUUAUAAACAAGAGACACAUGCAGUUUCAUGGACACAAAUACAAUUUUCAAUCAUCGUAUAUAUUAAUAAAUCAAAGCUCAGUUGUUGUUUACACUUGGCAGAAAUUACUGAGAAAAGAUAAAAGAAAUUAAAAGAAAUACCAAAUAUUACAAUCAACAAAAAUAAUUGAAUGUUAAAAAGAAGAAAUAAGAAUUUAGAAUGAAAUUCCUUUCUGAUAAAACAAACAAACCAAAAGCAAAAAAACUCCCAUCCCUCCCCCUUUCAAGAAAAAAAUGAAGACAUAAUAGAUACACACAUAUAUACACACACAUAUAUAUAUGUACACACACUCACACACGCAUAUCUCAAAGUUUGUUUUUCAUAUAUGAUACCUGAUAUAUGAUAUUGAGGUAUAUCAUACAGUAUAUCAUAUAUAUCAUAUCACACACACACACGCACGCAUGCAUGUGCACACCCUUAUAAUUAUAUGUGUAUAUGAAAACCUUUUAACAAACACAGCAAAUAAAAGACACGAUAUGAUCAAUGAAUAAAACAGUAAAAACAAAGGAAACGAAAUAUAAAAAGCACGAAACAAGUUUCAAACAAUAAUAAUGUCAUUUCAGAACCACCAAUUUAAAAAUAGUAAGUUGCCCCCUCUACAUUCCUUUCCUUCACCAUCUUUGAAAUCAGCUUGUCUAGCUCCAUUUUCCACAAAAUCUCCAGCAGAAUCUCAUCAACCUGAAGUGGGUAUCAAAAUGGUUGUCAGAGGACGAAGUCCCUUGCAGACAGAAUGGAAAAAAGAAAAUAUGAUAAAAUUUCUGAAUGAGAACCCUGAAUUCCUUGAUUCAUACGUAUACUCCAAAGUAAACAUACAACGAAUAGAGGAAUGGUAUCAACAAAAGACAAAAAAUACCUGCCACAAAAUGAAUAGAAAAGAGAAAAUGUAUGUCAACAGGUGCACUACUUGGGAACCAGAUUCAAUGAAAUGGAAGUUUAAUUUAUACAAAAAUAAAGACCAACAAGCGCAGAAACUUAUUUCAGAACUGGUUCAAAUUCGAAACAAAACUGACUUACUAAUUGAAUUAACCAAUUGUUUGGUGGCUGUAAAUGGUGCUGAUGGAGCGAAUCUUUACAUACCUGACUGCAAUAAUGAACAGGAAGUUCAAUUUUCAAGCAGGAAAUCAUUGGUAGAUGAAACAUUAUUUUCGGUCAUGACAGUACCAAUUUGUGAUGAGAUUGGCCAUCUAAUUAGUAUCAUUGAUAUUUAUAGAUUGGGUGAAAACUUAAUGUUUGAAAUGGAAGAUAAACAUUUGGCAUACUGUUUUCGUAUUUGGGCCAGUGUUCUUCUGAAGAAUAUUGAGAUUGGGACCCAAAUGGAACAUCAAAGACAACUGAAUGAUUUUAUUUUAACUGUGACAAGGUCCAUCUUCAGUGACAUGAGCAUGGAUACAAUAAUAAUAAAGAUUAUGAGCUCUGCCAAGACCUUAACAAAUGCUGACCGUGCAUCUCUAUUUUUGGUGGACAUGCAACGUAAAGAAUUAUUUUCCCGAAUAUUUGAUGCAGGUUCAGAUCCAGAAAAAUACAUGUCAAAUGAUAUCAGAUUUUCUAUCAAUAAAGGUGUUGCAGGAUACGUUGCCUCAACUGGGGAAAUAUUAAAUAUACCAGAUGCUUACCAAGAUUCAAGAUUUAACAGAGAUGUUGACCAAAAGACUGGAUACAUCACAAAAACCAUCUUAUGUAUGCCUAUAUUCAUCCGAGGAAAAGUUAUCGGUGUUGUCCAAAUGGUAAAUAAAUUAAAUGGAGUUUUUACCAAAGAUGAUGAAGAAGCUUUUGAAACAUUUGCAGUUUACUGUGGCCUUGCUCUGCACCAUGCAAAGAUUUAUGAUAAGAUUCGUCAAUCUGAACAGAAAUUCAAAGUUGCACUUGAAGUCCUUUCUUAUCACAAUCAAUGUACUGAGGAUGAAUAUCAGCAGGUGAAGUCAAUGAUAGAUUCAUGCUGUCUGCUUGAGCUUUCUGAUGUCAACUUCAAUCCGUGGUCUAUAGACAACACUGAGAAAGUAGUCUAUGUACUUCAAAUGGGACAGGAAAUAUUUGGUGAUUAUCGGUUGAAUAUGGAUAAUUUCACCAGAUUUGUGCUGACAGUACGGAAAAACUACCGAAACGUCCCCUAUCAUAACUGGACACAUGCCUUCUCUGUUACACAGACUAUGUUUACAAUUCUAAAGAAAUCUGGACAUGAGUUCGAAACAAAGGAGAGUAUUGCACUAUUCAUUGCCUGCUUGUGCCAUGAUCUUGAUCAUCGUGGUAAAACUAAUCAAUUCAUGAAAUUGUCUGAAUCUCCACUAGCAGCCCUUUAUACAACUUCAACAAUGGAACAUCACCACUUUAAUCAGACCGUUACCAUCUUGCAGAAUGAAAAGCAGAAUAUUUUUAGUAAUUUAACCACUGAAGAAUAUAAAGAGAUUCUGAAGAUCAUGAAGGAAUGCAUUCUUGCUACAGAUUUGGCACUGUUCUUUGGUAACCGUGAUAAACUAAGGAAAAUAGUUGAUGAUUCAGCUUUCAUAUGGGAAGAUAAGGAACACAGAAAACUGCUGCGAUCUAUAACAAUGACAGGAGCCGAUUUAUGUGCCAGUGCUAAACCAUGGGAUAUUCAGAAAGAGACAGUUAAAGUGGUUUUUGAAGAAUUCUAUGCACAGGGAGAUGAGGAAAAAGCUCAUGGGUCAGAACCAAUGCCUAUGAUGGACCGAGAAAAAAGAAAUAUUCUACCAGAAACUCAGGUUGGAUUCCUUUCUUUUAUUUGUUUACCAUGUUAUCAGCUGAUGUCAGAUCUACUCCCAGAAACCACCACCAUGGUCAAUGGAGUUAAGAAGAACUUAGAAAACUGGGAAAUUUUAGCAAAAGAAUGUAAGACUAAUGAGGAGACAGAAACCCGUUAAAGAUGUGAUGUCAAGAAACCAGAUGAAAUAGGAAAAAUAACAGAAAUGAGCUGGAUUCUGCAUUUUAUCAAGAAUAUGAAUUUAAUUGAAGAUAAUAAACAUAUUGCUUAAGUUUCUUCACCUUGCACUAUCUUUUAUGUUCUAAGUUCAAACCUUGCUAAGGUGACUUUCACCCUUGUGAGGUUUGAUGA